GUUUCUCUGUGUAGCCCUGGCUGUCCUUGAAUUCACUCUGUAGACCAGAGGUACCCCUGUCUCUGCUUUCCAAGUGCUAGAAUCAAAGGUGUUUGCUACUGUGCCUGGUUUAACUAGAUUUAUAGUAGGCUUGUAAACUGACGAAGUUCUUAAGGGGAAUUUCUGGUAAGUAGUCUCUUAUUAAAACUAUAAUGACAUGGAGAGGUUGGAAAGCCUUUGGCUUCUAUUGACUUAACAGACCACCAGCUUCUACCAAACCCAAAGCUAGGAAUGCCAUCGGGUAACACCGAGGCCUAGAGAACAGCAUUUUCCAUUUGCUGUAGCCGCAAUAGACUCUUACAAGUCCACUGACACAUUUUUAUCUUUGCCUUGACUUAUAAAACUCCAUGAAACGGCUUCCACUUUGGAACAUGGAAUUUGGGGUAACCUAAAUCUGUGUUGUUGGACCCUGGUCACUCAAAAUGGCUCCAGAAGAAACAUCUGUUAAUUAUAUUUAAGUGACAUCAGGCUGUAAACUUCCUGGCUGUUUCUCAUGGAGCCUUCCUGAGAUACUGCAGCCUCUGGGUAGCCCAGCAACCUAGGAACAGAUGAGUUCUGAUAUGCGUGUCCACUCCUGGUCUUGUUCCUACUAUCUGGACCUUGAGAAGCAAUGGGUUUCUGGAAAACUGACCCUGACUCCUCAUUCACUGAAGUUCAUUGUGGAAAAAACAGAAGAGGUCCUUGUUGGCCUGCCCCUCUCCAGCAUCAUUGAGAUCAGGAAAGAGUCAUCUCUCUUUAUCUUCGGUGCGAUCACAGUCCUGGAGAAGGGCCAGACCAAGCACUGGUUCAGCUCACUGCAGCCUAGUCGAAAUGUGGUCUUCAACGUCAUCGAACAUUUCUGGAGGGAGCUGCUACUGUCCCAGCCAGGCACUGCUGCCAACAUACCCUCCCACGUGACCAGGGGACAGGAGCUGAUAGGACUGAUGGCAAAUUCCCAGAAACGCAUGGAAGACACAGCGAAGGAUCUCCAGCAGCAGAGCGAACAGCUGGACAGCGUCCUGAAGGGCCUGGAGAAGAUGGAGUCCGACCUGGACGUGGCUGACAGAUUGCUGACAGAAUUGGAGACACCUUCCUGGUGGCCUUUUGGCUCUAAGUUUUGGAAGAUGCCGGCAGAAGAAAAUCUCAAGGAAGGUGUGUCUUCCACUUGUGAGCCCUUUGGAAAGGAAGGGGUUGUGAUCACGGUCCCUGCUAUUAUUUCUGAGAGAGCAGAGUCUCAUUCCAAGCUGGGAAAGCUCACUGUCCUGGUCUCCGCUCUGGAAAUCUAUGACUCCUGCUCGUUGCUCCUGCACAGAUUUGAGAAGGAAGAUGUUGAUGAUAUCAAGGUUCACUCUCCUUAUGAGGUCAGCAUACGCCAGCGCUUCAUUGGGAAGCCAGACGUGGCUUACCAGCUGAUAUCUGCCAAGAUGCCAGAGGUCAUUCCCAUCUUAGAAGUGCAGUUCAGCAGCAAGAUUGAGCUCCUGGAAGACGCCUUAGUGCUCAGGAACAAGGUCUUUGCUUCCUCUGCAGAGAGGCAUGCAGCAUCCAGACCGAAGGGCUGCACUCCACACCGAGAGCUGCCCACAGGAGGACAGGAAGGCGAGCAGCUGCAGCUGCAGAAGAACUUGCCACUGUUCUCUGAGGGGGAAGCCCAGGAGCUGACACAGAUCCUGAGCAAAAUGAAGGGACUCGCACUGGACACUGAGGCAGAGCUGGAACGCCAGGAUGCGGCUCUGGAUGGCAUCACCGUAGCUGUGGACCGGGCAACCCUGAAUGUGGACAAGCAAAACCGGCGUAUGAGAAAGCUGAUGUAGUGGGGCAAGCUGUAAACAGCCACCCCUGGCAUGGCUCUGCUGAUUCUAUUGCUAUUAGCCCUUUUCCUUUCCCCUGAGACCCGGGAAGCCAUUCUGGGUACUGUGAAACUAUGAGGCCCUACCUGGGAACUACACCUUCCUAGGAUGGGCCAGGAGAGGCCACAAUAUGCAUGAGCAUGUAUGUUUCCCGGGGCCCUAAGCAUGAGGGCCAUGUCCUGUUCAGGCAAGAAUCGCCACCGUAGCGUAGCCAUCCUUCCUGUCCACACUGAGACCCCGGCGUUGAGCUGCCAUUGUGGCAUCAUGUUGUCACAUCAUAUUGUCAUCUUUUCACCAUUUUUGCCAAACAGUAGAGAAAAAUGUCAGUCAUUCUGGUCUGGCUCUGCCAUCCACUUGCCAGAAACAUCAAUUCCCCCUUCAAAUGCUGCUGUAGCCCCUGCCACCUUUUCCUGAUCAUCAGUUAGAGUUCUGUAACCAGUAGCCUCUGUGUGUGCGUAAUAAAAGAAUGUUUAUUCGAUGACUUACA